AUGGUAGCAGAACCUGGAUCAGCAGAAUCACGCGACCGUAGCUCAGGAUCCCCUCUGCGUCAGUUGAGCGACUCGUCUCUGGGCUUAGGUGGGCUGAACGAUGUGGUCACCAGUACAGAGGUGUCCCGGUGUCGCGUUACUCCACCCGCUACCACCCUACCCCGCUUCCGGAAGUACUCCAUACAGGACUUCCAGUUCCUGAAGGUCCUUGGCAAGGGGAGUUUCGGGAAGGUGUUAUUAGCAGAGCUAAUAGGCACCGAAUGCUAUUACGCGGUGAAAUGUCUGAAAAAAGAUGUGGUUCUGGAAGAUGAUGACGUGGAAUGUACCCUCAUAGAACGGAAGGUUCUAGCUUUGGGCACAAACCAUCCCUAUCUUUGCCAUCUCUUCUGUACUUUCCAGACUGAGUCCCACCUGUUCUUCGUGAUGGAGUACCUGAACGGUGGGGAUCUGAUGUUCCACAUCCAACAGUCGGGUCGCUUCGACGAGGGCAGAGCUCGCUUCUAUGCCUCAGAAAUCGUUUCCGGGUUGAUGUUCCUACACAAGAAAGGCAUUGUCUACAGAGACUUGAAACUGGACAAUAUCCUGUUGGAUUUUGACGGUCACGUGCGCAUUGCUGACUUCGGUAUGUGCAAACUGCAGAUAUACCUUGACAGAACGGCCGACACAUUCUGUGGUACACCUGACUAUAUGGCACCUGAGAUAAUCAAAGGCCUGGCCUACAACCAGUGCGUGGACUGGUGGUCGUUCGGCAUCCUCCUCUACGAGAUGCUGGUUGGCCAGUCUCCUUUCUCAGGAUGUGACGAGGAUGACCUCUUCUGGUCCAUCUGCAACGAGCAGCCUCACUAUCCACGGUUCCUGUCCAAGGAGUCCAAGUUGAUCCUAAGCCAGUUGCUGGAAAAGGACUCAAGCCGACGCCUGGGUUCCUCAGAGCUGAGCGGUCGUGAGGUGACGUCACACGUUUUCUUCCGAGACUGGGAUUGGCCCCGGCUGGAGAGACGGCAGCUGGAUCCACCCUUCAAACCCAGAGUACGUCAUCCCCUAGACGUGCAAUACUUCGAUAAGGCGUUCACCAAUGAGCGACCGCGUUUGACGCCGAUUGACAAGUCAAUCCUACAAUCCAUGGACCAGACCCAGUUCCAGGGCUUCAGUUACACCAAUCCAAACGUUACCAAGUGACUCUGUUGUGCCUUCUGCUGGAACAAACUUAGUUGAAGGUUUUUCAGUGGGAACUAACGUUGUUCCGAAAAACUACAAAAUUGGUGAUCAAUAAGUGACUUUGUUGUGCCUUAAUUGAAGGUUGAAGUAGGAACAGACUUUGUUCCAAAAUACAACAAAAUUGAAUAACGUUGUUCCGAAAUACUACAAAAUUGGUGAUCAAUAAGUGAUUUUAUUGUGCCUUACUUGAAGGUUGAUGUGGGAACAGACUUUGUUCCAAAAUACAACAAAAUUGGUCAGUUGAAUCCCACUUUAAAAAAGUGAUUUUGUAGUGGUUUUAGCAUUCUAAUGCUGGCGGAAUACACCUGCUAGUUAGGGAUGCUACCGUAAAGCUGGGACAGACUUUGUUCCGAAAUACUAAAAACGGUACAGAAUUGGUCGCUUUUGAAUCUCUCAAUGUGACCAAUAGUGAAAUAAUUCGUUGUGCUUUAUUCUGGGGGAAUCGCAUAAUUGUUGAUGAUUCGAUUAUUAGAGCAAACCCUGUUCUGAGGAACUCCAAAGUUGGAGACUUGAAGAAAUUAUAAAUCUUAAUAAUAUUAUCAAACCAAGAUACUCUGUUAUACUUUGUUGAUGGAACAAAAGCUUAGUUGAUAGUUGCUCAAUAUUAUUAGAACAAAAAUCGUAUAAUUGUUGAUUUGAUGGUUCGAUUAUUAGAACAAACUUUGUUCUGAGAAACUCCAAAGUUGGAGACUUGGGGAAAUUAUAAAUCUUAAUAAUAUUAUCAAACCAAUAUACUCUGUUAUACG